AUGUCAUCAGACAUAUGUGGAGCAAUAAUGGAUCCAUCUAGUGACAAUCUUGAGCAUGAGGUCACAGUUGUGGCGGUGGCAGAUGCUAGGGAGGUAGAGGAAGGAAGAGUCUUCCGUAACAAGGAGAUAAUGAAAUUGAGCUUGUCGUUUUAUGUAAUCCAGAACAUGUUUGAGUACGUGAUUGUUCGGUCCGAUAAGAAAGACUAUCUUGUAAAAUGUUCACGUGAUGAGUGUAAUUGGAUAUGUAGAGCAUCGAAGCUAGCCAAAACAGAUAUGUUUAAAAUCAGACACAUUGCAGAAGGUCACAUAUGUGCUUCAAACAUCGUACUCAGUACUCAUAGGCAAGUAACAAAGACGGUUGUGUCAACUUGCAUUAAGUAUAAGUACACAUCAUCGCGCACAAUAUACACACCGAAUGAUAUACGCAACGACAUGCUGCAUACAUACGGAGUAUCUUUGAAUUAUGUCCAAGCUUGGCGAUCUCGAGAGGAAACUCUGAAAGUGCUUAGGGGUGCAUCUAUACGGGGAUGGAAACAUUGUAGGCCAGUUGUUGUGGUUGAUGGCACCUAUCUAAAUGGACACUAUGGUGGCACCUUAUUCACGGCAUGUACACAAGAUGCAAAUAACAGCAUUUAUGACGAAGUUGGACCUGAGAUAUGGUCACGUUUCCACAUGCCUUCAAACCGGUAUUCUACAAUGACAUCGAAUAUUGUGGAGUCGGUUAAUGCGGUCACAAAGUCUGCCAAGGACUACCCUAUUCUAGCUUUGUUGGAGUCAUUGAGACAAAUUCUACAAUCUUGGUUCUGUAGACACAAGGAGGAUGCCCAAGGCACUUUUACAACCUUGUCAAUCAAGUAUGAGAAGAAGAUGAGGGAAAUGAGUACAGAUAUGAGAAACUUGAGGGUUUCACCUAUUAAUCAGGCAAUGUUCUCAGUUAGCGGUGAAAGUUUCUCCUUCGUUGUUGAUAUAGAAAAUCGGACAUGCACAUGUAGGAUGCUUCAAGUUGAUCAACUACCUUGUCCACAUGCUUUGGCUAUGUUUGCGAGUAUGAAGAUGGAUCCAUAUGAAUACUGCUCCUACUACUACACAAGUGAAGCGUUCGAAAAUACAUACCAAGAAAUCAUUUUUCCGGUAGGAAAUCCAGCUGAAUGGACAGUGCCAAAUGAUGUCCAUGACAUAGUUGUAAUUGCACCUAAUCAAAAGCGAAGUUGUGGAAGGCCUACUGAGAAGAGAUUCAGAGCAGCGUACGAGGAAAACAUAACCGUCAAAUGUGGUCGGUGUGGUGAAAGUGGUCACAAUCGUAGAACAUGUAGCAGAUUAGUUCCGUUGAGUCAAAGCAACAAGAAUAAAGAGAGGAAGAGGAUGAAGACUGGAAAUGCACAUUGA